AUGGCUUCCGAAUCUUUUAGCUGCCAACCUAUCGCCCGUCCGGCUGGAUCGGACAUUGAUUUCGGUGCUGAAGUCACUGGACUUGACCUUGAGAACUUGACUGAUGACGAUUUCGACAAGCUGCGCGGCGCUCUUUACGAGAACCAAGUUGUAGUCAUCCGCAACCAAAAGCAACUCACACCAAAGGCACAAUACAGUCUCACACGGAGAUUUGAUCCCGAGACGGACAUUUACAGCCACGGAAAAUCCAUCGACAAGCGCAGCGUCUUGCACGCCGACUUGAAAACCAUUCCCCACCAACCACAAGUCCAGGUCAUUGGCCACGGCUUUGUCAAGUCCUUUGAGGGUCUUGAGAACAUUCAGCUCAAGCACCCGCACCACAAGACCUUCCACAAGCACCCUAUUUCUCCUGAAAAGGAUGCAGACUUUACCCACUUUUACCGGUGGCACAUUGACUCGGCCAUGUACGACCUGGACCCCCCAAUGGUGACUUCCCUGCUGGCCGUAUCCGUACCCGGCGGGCGGAGACAGACUCUGCUGUACGACGACGGCACCGGCGCGCAAAUGGACGUGCCCCUCGGCACCACGGCCUUUUUCAGCGGCUACCGGCUCUACGAUCUCUUGUCCGACGACGAAAAGGAGUUUGUACGCGGCAGCAAGGUCGAGUACGCGGCACACCCGUAUAUUUGGAUGAGCAAGGCCAAGGCGCGGUCCAACGGGCUGGGCCUCUUCUCCGACGGCCUCGAGCUGCCCGAGGACCAGCUCCCCGCCGUCGAGGGCGACAAGGUGCGCGUGUACCCCAUGGCGUGGCGGAACCCCGUCACGGGCAAGCUGGCCGUCAUGGUGUACCCGACGCCGAUCCGGCGCAUCCACCUGGCCGACGGCACGGUGCUCGAGGAUCUGGCCGAGGUGCGCGAGCUCGUGUACAAGCUGCAGCGCCGGGCCAUUGACCCGCACCUCGUCUACCCGCACGACUGGAAAGAGGGCGAUCUGGUGCUUUUCAACAACCACGGUGUGAUGCACUCCAUUGUCGGCUCGUUCGGGGAGGGCGAGACGAGGAUAUUCCGUCAGUGUAAUAUGGCCGCCAGCCGGCCACCGCAGGGUCCACUCGUCGAGACUGUACAAUCAUAA